GCCCUGCCCAGCUCUGUCGUGGGAACCCUGCCUCCCUCUCCCCUGCUGGGGGUGGAAUCUUGCAAGGUUACAGAGUAAGUCCUGUCAGCUGACACUGGCUCACAUGAGAGCCCUUCGGAGGGUGGUGGCCAAUGUCACAGCAACCUUGCAGCUGAAGACGAGUCACGCCUUGUGCCCGGAGCCUUGCGGGCCACAUGAACAGGUCUUGUGAUCCAUCAGUCGAGCACUGCUCGGUCCCCAGCCGUGCCUCGGAUGGAGCGCGUCAGUCCCAGUGGCUCCGCCUUUGGCUGACCGGUGGAGCACAAACCCAGGAGCAGAAGUAGGACUCGGACUUGUCCGUGAAGAAUGGGUUUGCUGAGCCACGUUUCAUAACAUGAUGGGUGCAUCGGACUUCCUGAAACAUGGGCGGGCUUCAUUUACGUAACAAAUGAAUGUUCCUUUUUUUUUUUUUUUUAACUUUUGAAAGAGGAAAUCAGUAGGCUGCCACCGAGAAGCCUGUCUCACCUAAGGCAUCUGUGCAGGGAGCGCGGGGUCCUUCCCUGCGGGAACUCCUCCAAGCACGGGGUCUCCCACGCUUGGUCCAAGGCCAGCUGAGGGUCAGGAGAUGUGCGGGGGCCCCUCGAAGGGCGCGGAGCAGCCCGGGAGCCGGAGGGACCCAGCUGGCUGCGUGAGCGAUGCCGUUUCUGGUGCUUGGAGGACCCAGAAGACGCUUUUAUGUGAAAAGCUUCGCAAACAAGCCAGGAUAGGAAGGGGCCCCGACCCCACGGAACUCAACCACAGCUGGUCCUGUUCUGAGUUCGACCUGAAUGAGAUUCGCCUGAUCGUUUACCAGGACUGCGAAAGGAGGGGCAGGCAAGUCUUGUUCGAUUCCAAAGCUGUUCAAAAGAUUGAAGAGGCAGCAGCUCAGAGAGCGGAGGAUGUGCCGGUGAAGGCGUCGGCCAAGUGCUGCCAGCGAGGCGGGGGCAGCAGCCUCUCUGCCCACGGUGCCCCCUGGGCGUCCGCGCAGCCGGCCAAGGAGCAGCUCCCGAAGUACCAGUACACCCGGCCAGCGUCUGACGUCAGCAUGCUGGGGGAGAUGAUGUUCGGCUCGGUCGCCAUGAGCUACCAAGGCCCCACCUUAAAGAUACACUACAUACGAUCCCCUCCACAGCUGAUGAUCAGUAAAGUGUUCUCUGCUAGAAUGGGCAGCUUCUGCGGGAGUACAAACAACUUGCAAGACAGCUUUGAAUACAUCAACCAAGAUCCCAACUUGGGGAAACUGAACACAAAUCAGAACAAUCUGGGUCCCUGUCGUCCCGGAAGCAACCUAGGGCCACUGCAGUCCUGGGGCAGCAGACAGCUGCAGGGGGGCGCUGAAGGAGGACCUCUCCGGCUCACCCGCAGCGCCUCUUUCUUUGCAGCACACAGCACUCCUGUGGACAUGCCGAGCAGAGGACAGAAUGAGGACAGGGACAGCGGCAUUGCCCGAUCAGCCUCACUCAGCAGCCUUCUGGUCACCCCUUUCCCAUCUCCGAGCUCCUCGACGUCCUCUUCCAGCAGUUACCAGCGCCGCUGGCUCCGAAGUCAGACGACACGUCUGGAAAACGGCAUCCCGCCGAGGAGGUCCACAGACGAAACGUUCAGCUUGGCCGAGGAGAGCUGCAGCUCGAACCCGGCCAUCGUGCGGAGGAAGAAGAUCGCCGUCAGCAUCAUCUUCUCCCUGUGCGAGAGGGAGGAGGCGCAGCGGGAUUUCCAGGACUUCUUUUUCUCUCACUUCCCGCUGUUUGAAUCUCACAUGAACAGGCUGAAGAGUGCCAUUGAAAAGGCCAUGAUCUCCUGUAGGAAGAUAGCAGAGUCAAGUCUCCGCGUCCAGUUCUACGUCGGCCGGCUGAUGGAAGCACUGGGGGAGUUCAGAGGGACCAUCUGGAACUUGUAUUCUGUCCCGAGGAUCACAGAACCGGUGUGGCUCACCAUGAUGUCCAGCACUUUGGAGAAAACGCAGCUCUGCCAGCGCUUCCUCAAGGAGUUUACCCUCCUGAUAGAGCAGAUCAACAAGAACCAGUUCUUCGCUGCCUUGCUGACCGCCGUGUUAACCUACCACCUGGCCUGGGUCCCGACUGUCAUGCCAGUGGACCACCCUCCCAUCAGGGCUUUCUCAGAGAAGCGCACCUCUCAGCUGGUGAACACGCUGGCCAAGACACACCCGUAUAACCCUCUCUGGGCGCAGCUGGGCGAUCUGUACGGAGCCAUCGGCUCUCCAGUGAGGCUGACGCGCACGGUGGUGGUGGGGAAGCAGAAGGACUUGGUCCAGCGCAUCCUGUACGUCCUGACCUACUUCCUGCGCUGCUCCGAGCUGCAAGAGAACCAGCUGACUUGGGGCGGGCCCCCCGGCGAGGCCGACCAGGUGCUGAACGGGUGCAGCAUCACCACAGCCUUGGAGAGGGGGCAGGUGGAGGAGUCUGAGUACGUGGUGGUCACAGUGCGGAGCGAGCCGGCCCUGCUGCCGCCCAUCCUGCCCCCGACCGCGCCUGAGGGGCUCCCGGAGGGCUCUGACCUGUGUCCCGUGCUUGACAGAGAAGGGAGCCUGAGGCCUGAGCAGAGUCCCGAGGCCGGCGGCGCGGGGUCCCCAGCGCCAGCCCUGGACGGCGCCGGGCAUCCUCCGGGCGCGACGGGUGGGGAUGCAGAGAGUGAACACGAGGCCCCGCAGGGCGGCGCUGCCAGGCUCUCGGGCUGUGCGGGCUCGGCGGCGGGACCGAAGAUGGGCCCACGCGCGGCAGGCGAGGAGCUGAGGCCCGAGAUGCCUAGGAAGCUGCCGGAGCGCUCCGCGGCCAGGCCGUGCCCCGACAGGCCUUCCCGGGAGCCGCCGCCCCGGGAGAAGGUCACCUUCCACAUUGGAAGCUCCGUGUCGCCAGAGUCGGACUUUGAAAGUCGCACCCAGAGGAUGGAGGAGCGGCUGAAGGCCUGCGGACGGGGCCUGGAGCCGGCGCGGUGGCCCUCGGCCGGGUGCAGGGCGGCCGCCGACGCGGCCCGGGACCAGUGGGCGCCCGGGUGCUCCUGCGGGCCUGGCUUCCCGCCCUCCGAGGACUGCGGGGGUGCUUCCGGGACCCGCAGCGUCAGGACCGGGGGUGCGGAGGAUGACGCCGCGUGCGCACCUGCGCCGGGCGCGGACGGGCCCUGGCCCCAACAGGGCCCCAGCGCGUGUGGCCCGCGGGACGCUGUCCCCCAUGGGGACGCCGGCUUCAGGGUGGAAGGAAACAUCCCCAGGAACGAGAGCUCGGACAGCGCCCUCGGGGACAGUGACGACGAGGCGUGCGCUUCCGCCUCCCCGCUUCUGGAUCCCGGCGGCGCCGGGGACCACGACCCCGACCGGAUGGAAGGGUCCCUGGAGGUGGAGCUGCCGCUGCCCAGGUCUCAGAGCAUCAGCAACCCGAACGUGAGAAACUUCGGCCGCUCCCUGCUGGCGGGCUACUGCCCCACCUACGUGCCCGACCUGGUGCUUCACGGGACCGGCAGCGACGAGCGGCUGAAGCAGUGCCUGGCUGCCGACCUGGUCCACACAGUCCACCACCCCGUGCUGGACGAGCCCAUCGCCGAGGCCGUCUGCAUCGUCGCUGACACGGAGAAGUGGAGCGUCCAGGUGGCCACGAGCCAGAGGAAGGUGGUGGACGACUCGAAACUCGGCCAGGAGGUCCUUGUAUCCAGCCAGGUGUCCAGCCUGCUCCAGUCCAUCCUGCAGCUGUACAAGCUGCACCUCCCUGCCGACUUCCCGUCACUUCCCUUCCGGCCGCCACAAAAGAUGCAGCGCUAUCGCCCACGGAGUAGGAAGCGGAACAUUAGCUACCUGCACCCGCCACUUACGGAGCAGUGAUUUUCAUGAGCUCCUGUGACCGAACCUCCAAUCACACCACAUUCUGCAGGAAGUCAGGGCUUCUCUGUCCUGGAAGAAGGAGCCCUGAGACACCGUCCGGCUGUCUUCGGAGGUGGCAGUGCGACAUCACAGGGACACCGCUGGACGUAACUGGGGUAACGUCCAGGCUCUGCCACUGCCUCGUUGGCGGGCGACCUUGAGAUCUCAGAACCUCAGCCUUGUCAUCUGUAAAGUAAAGACGGUGCCUGUUCGACAAGCGUGUUUUGAGACUCCUCUGAAAACACUGCCCAUGAGAGGUGCCUUAACCGCCAGUGGACACUCGUGGCCAGUCCUUUCAGGGCCAGUGGCCCGGCCUCGUGGCCCAGCCCCACUGCCUCCUAACCGUGUGCCUUGUCAGAGCUGAAGCUGGGGGAGCGACAGAACCCGUCUCGUGUGGUGACGAAAAUGAAGUCAGGUGGUUCAGGGAAGCCCUUGCAGUAAUUGUUACAGAUGUUUUAAGCUCUCAAGAAACAUUACCGUUGGUGCCACUGUUGGAAACCAUUGGUUCUCUCAAGCAAUAUUCGUGGCUCUGAAGACCGACACCACCGCUUCACGGGAACAUUUAUUUGGGCCUGAGCAGCGGGGGUGAGGGACGCAGGAGGCUCCUGUGGGUCUUACAGCCUCAUACUUUGUUCUACAUUUGUAGACAGCUUUCCUUUGUAGUAGCAAGUUGCUUCCUGCCGACUUGGAGGCUGAAAUCUUUUCUAUAAGAGAGGAGCAAGAGAUUUGAUUUUACAAAUUUUUACUGUUACAAGUAUUUACAAAAACUUUUAUGUUGUAGUCUAUGACAUAUCUCUUGUUAGAUUUGACAUCUUAGUUAUCCCAGUGAUCAGUUCCCAUAGCUAAUUCUUCCUCCUCCAUUUGGGUGGAAGUUACGUUUAAGUUAAGAGUGACCGACUUAACCUGACAACAUCACCAUCAAAGGAAAUUUAACCCACAGUUUAAAAUUCUUCGUAAAAAUCACUUGAAUGAAACACUUGACUAAAUGCCUGUUAGUUCCCUCAGUAUGAGAAGAGAAAGUCGCUAUUUAAAAUUUCAGAAGUUAAAAUUGAAGAAAUCCAUCUCAGAAUUGAAGAAAUCCAUCUCAGAAAGGGAAGGGGGAUCCCCAAACAGUUCUGUUUCAUAAUCAGGCUUUUACAAAGUGCUUUGAGUUCAAGUUCCGUGUCCACUCUGUGUAACCCGGUGUUGUCUUCAUUUCCACGUGGCAACACCCAGUUUUCCGGGGGACCACGAAAACACCGUGAACGAGCUAUUUUAAGACAUAAAGGACUCAGCAUAAUGUGAAUGUUCUCUUUCGUAUUUUGUAACACUUAGUAAACCUUUGCAUUUGCUCCGUUAGGAACUGAAACGUAACAGGACACCUUUCAGCACUGGACUUGGUUUACCUGGGGGGACGUGUCUGUGAGAAUGGCUGCGGCCCUCCUUGCUUUGAUUAUUACUCUCACUUGCUCACCGGUUGUGCUCCAGCCACCCUGCACGGCACAUUGAAGAAUUUAAGCCAGUGAGAAACGGAAAAGAUGGCAUCUCUCAUGGGAUGCUUUUUCCAUCACUGAUCCGCCCAGAUGGUCAAGAUCAACAUUUUUAAAUGCAUCUGUUAAUCUUUUUACCUUGAAAACAGCAGGCAUAAUGAUCUACAAGAAAAUCACGUCUGAUGGAGUUAGCCGUCCCGGAGCCAUCAGGUGCCUGGAUAGCUCUGCCUGCCAAACCCAAAAGCAUUUGCCUCUGGUGCAAGACACAGAUGGUGGCUGCUCACUAAAAAAUGAAGCUGGACACAAUUCCAAGCGUAGAGACGUCCUGGAAAUAACUGACCUUUCUUUACUGUCAUCAAAGACCUACUUAAAGUACAUUCUUGAGAGAAAAAAAAAAAAAAGAGUUCAAAAUAACCUUGUUCCAGUCAUUCUGGGGAUGUCUUACACCAAAAUAGUCUGAGAUAUAGGGGGGAAAACAGUAACAAAGAUACUUUUUACAAAAUUAGGUACAAUAACAAAAAUGCAGAUGGCUAUAUGGGUAAGUAAGUCAUGGUGAAUUCACCUUCUGAAAAAUUAUCUAGUCAUCAAAAUUACAUUGAAGAAUUUUUAAUAACAUGGGGAGAGGAUUAUUCUAAAGUUUGUGAAAACAGGAAAUAAUUGUACUUACAGAAUGAUUUCGACUAUGUGAAAAACAUACUUUUUUUUAAAAAAAGAUUAGAGGAUACAUAUGAAGGUCUUCAUCAGCUUUUUAUAUAUAUAUACACAUUUUUAUUGAAUUACAGUCAGUUUACAAUGUGUCGAUUUCUGGUUCUAUGGAGAUCUUAAGUCAUUGGAAAACUUAAACAUUAUUGUUUGACACAAACCUCUUCGUAUUAUCUUUCCUAGUGGUGGGGUUUGAGGGGGCUUGUGAUUGUUUAAGUGUAUGUUGAAGAGCUGAGACAGCGUCGUGGGCUUAGAGGCGGAUUAAGGGAGUUGCUCCUAGAGCGCCAGCGGGGACCCGGGCGCGCGCCCUCACCGUGGCCGCGCUUG